AUGGCUACCGAAUCACGCAUCGCGCUUAUGAAAGAGCGAUUUUAUAGUACUUUAACGUCAUUAAGAACGUUAACAAACGCUAAGAACACUGCUUAUAUUGAAGAUGAACGUUAUAAAGAGUUAAUUGAAGAAGUUUCCACGGCAAAAAUAACAGCCAGAAAGACUUCUCGUGAUUAUUGGUUAUUGCGGCGAUACGAUGUGCUUACCAUUGACCAGAAAAGUAAGCUUAUUUUUCCUGUUAAAGACACUACAAGCACUAUUAUUUACUACGCAUGUGAUAGCGAGUUAUUCGACAUAUUACACGAGGCACAUAUUCAAAUUGGUCACAGCGGAAGAGAUCGUAUAAUGAAAGAGGUAGGGAGUGACUACAAAAACAUAACACGUAAGGAUAUAGAAACUUAUCUUGAACUUUGUGAACCCUGUCAACAAAAGCAAAAAAACAUCAAAAAAGGCAUUGUUGUAAAGCCUAUUAUAUCGUCAGAGUUUAACUCUAGAUGCCAAGUGGAUCUGAUAGAUUUUCAGUCCCAGCCCGACGGUGAUAACAAAUUUAUAAUGGUGUAUCAAGAUAAUUUAACAAAAUUUGUUGUUUUAAAACCACUUAAAACGAGCUGA